AUGGGCACCGGCCAAGGACCCCCGAAGCAACAACAGCACAGUUAUGCGCCUUACGCACCACCACCGCAACCUCAAUACUACGUCCAGCCACCACCACAAAAGUCGCAAUCGCCAUCACAGCAGCAGCAGUAUCAACAACCACACUACGCGCCAUACUCACCGCCGCAACAACCGCAGUACUUCUUCCUGCCGCAACAACCGCAAUAUGCCGCCGCCCCGAAACCGACGUCCCCAGCGCCCCAGCAGCAAUUCCUCGCCGAGUUAGAGGCCCCGCAAGCCCCGAAACCGAGACCGACGUCAUCGUCAUCCGCCACCCACAAUGGAGCAGCAGCGGCAGCCCUCCCCGUAUUCGAAAUGCCCGCCGAGGCCGCUGCCCCUGCGAGGCCCCAGUCUGCGAGGCCAUCGUCCGCUGCCGGGGCUACGAGUACGUCGCCGAGCGCGAGCGACGCGCAGCAGAAGCCGCUUCCGCAGGCGAAUCCGUGGGGGUUCUUCUUAGAAGACGACCCCCUUCCCCCUACCGCCUCGACACCACCACCAGGUCCUGGCAAAGACGGAAACGAGGACGAAAUGCUCUCCGUGAAGCCGUUGAGGAUCGUCAAGACUGGGUCCGGCUCAGCCCAGCCCUCGCCGGAGCAGAAAGCGACAGGGGCUUCGCCAGGGGGCACACCGCCGGCCGGCACCGUGCUCUCGGAGCCGCCUCCGCCCCUGGACCAACAGGGUGCGCACGAAGGCGAUGACGACUCGGACCAGCUGGCCCCGGCGCCGUUGAACAUCUCCCGGCCCCAGCCGCCAACCGGGCCCCCGCCCCCGGUCCCGGUCCCCACCGCAACCUCCCCCGUUCUGAUUCCGCCGGCCGGCACAUACCCAAUCCCACCAGCCGGGACUUACCCGCCCCACAGUCCGGUCAGCCCAGGCCGGCACCCGUCCCCAGGCGCUGGUGCUGCUCAGACGACGCUGCCGCUCCACCCCCGCCCGCCGAGCACCUCUCCUCCAAGGCCGGUGUCCGCAACGGCGCCCUCGACGGCGAUCGUCACGCCACUCUCCCCCGUCCACACGGGAGCCACCACCGCCCCGUCGCCACAGCAAACCCCAUACGCCGCCGUCAUCUCACCACCCACGGGAUACUCGCAGGCUCCCCCACAGAAAGCUUACACCUCUGCCGCGCCCGUGAGCCCCGUCCUGGUCCAGGCCGCGCUGCCGCCCACCCUCCCCCUGGGGUCCUACUUCCCGCAGCAGCCGUCCUACGCCCGCCCAAGCACCGCUUCGUCCGCAACACACAGCCCGGCAGCAUCCACAGCUCAAGAACCCCAGCAAUCCACCUACGCCUCGCCGCCCCCCUCCUACGACCAGGCAAUCUCCUCUCUCCCUCGCCCGGCAAACGCCACCUCCUCCCCGGCCUCGUCCCACGCAACAUCAACGGGGCCGCUCUCGCCGAACCCAACAGGCUCCUCUUCCUCCUCAUACCCUUAUUCCCCCGCAGACAUCGGCGUCCAAAACCCAAACCACCCACCGCCGCAGCAACAAUACCCCUACAGCCCGCAACCCCCGGUCCCCCAGCCGUCCUACGUCAACGGGCCUCAAAGCUACACCACCCCGCCUCCCCUCCCGCCGCGGACCUCGACCCCGACACAGCAAGGCUUCACCAACAACACCCCCCAGAACCCAUACGGCCCGCCCCCGCCCCGGCCCGCCAACUACCACCCCGCGCCGCCCGCCAAGCCCCCCUCGGGCAACCUCUUCAGCAGCACCACCGUCCGCAACCUGCUCAACAAGACAACCGACUUCGUCGACCAGACCAUCGCGCCGUACCUGCAGGAGCACCGCUACCGCCCGCCCUACUUCACCCAGUACCCGCCGCAAGGCUACCACCCCCAGCAGCAGGGGUACCAGUACGGCAAUGGCUACGGCUUUGGCCGCGGCUGUCCGUCCGGCAGGCCGCUGCAGCCGGGGCAGUACGGCUACUCCCAGGCGCAGUCGCCGCCGCAGGGCUACACGCCCCCUUCACAGCGUACGUGA